AUGUUUCAAGAGAUUCUGAAUAGGGUAUAUGACGUUGUUGGAUGUGAUCGUAUGUAUGUGGAACUGAAAUUGUUUAUGAGAUAUCCGAUGCCGGGAAAAUAUGUGCCAAUUGCACUAGAGGAUGACGAGUCACUGAGUGCUAUGUGGCUUUCAGUGACACAAACGUCAGCCAUGGCAAUGGAGGUGUACAUUGAACAAGUUCCCAAAGAGAUAAAUGUGCAAAGUAAUGUGGGUUAUGUACCUUCAAUGGACUUUAGGGAUAGCAUGGAGGUACCGACAUCAGCUCCUAAUAUGCAAUUUGAAUCAUUUACUAGCAUGUUGUCAGACCCACAUUAUGAGCAUGUGGAUUCUGAUAGGGAUGAGGAUGAUGAUGCAAGAGAAUUAGUUGACAAGGCAAUAAAGGCUGGUGUUCCUUCACAAGAUUGGCUUAGAGUUGACGAAGUUGAUCAAAGGUUAAUAGAUUCAUGGAUGACUUGGAAUGUCACUGGUUCAUUAACUGUGGCUUCUGAAUUUGAGAUAGGACAAGAGUUCGCCUCAUUGCAGCAAUUAAAGAAUUUUGUGAAAGCAUGGUCGAUCUCUAGAAACCAGAUGUUUCGGGUGUUAGAGUCAGAGCCCACAAAGUAUGUCAUUGAAUCAAUUUUAGGAGACAUAACAUGUGGAGACCAUCCUCUCAUUUCAUCAGAUUUCGUUGCUGAUCUUAUCGAGGAUUUCAUUAGGACUGAUCCUUCAUUCAAAGUUCAGUCCAUCCUUACUGUUGUGAAGAACCAAUAUCAAUUUUCAAUAACAUAUAAGAGAGCUUGGUUAGCAAAACAAAAGGCAAUCAGCAAUAUUUUUGGUGAUUGGGAGAAGUCGUAUCAAGAGUUACCGAGGUACUUGCAAGCCUUGAAAGAGUCCAAUCGAGGCACUGUCGUUUACUGGAGUACGAUCCCAACACAAGAUCCUACUACGCACAUCUUUAGGAGGGUCUUCUGGGCCUUUAAACCCUCCAUUUCCGGAUUCCGUCAUUGUCGGCCUCUUAUCACUAUAGAUGGUACUCACUUGUACGGGAAAUACAAAGGCAAAUUAUUGAUUGCUAUGGGAACAGAUGCUAAUUUCCAGCUAUUCCCACUUGCCUUUGCUGUUGUGGAGGAAGAAAGCACGGAGGACUGGUCUUGGUUUUUAGCUUGCAUUAGAAGUUCCGUCACAGAUAGAAAGGAUCUGUGUGUCAUCUCUGAUCGUCAUAGGGGUAUCCUUGCAGCUAUGAAUGAGCCUGGUAGUGGAUGGUAG